AUGGCAUCUGCCCCUGAUACCACAACCAUCCCGGGUUACACAAUUUUCCGGGAGGGAGACUAUGACAGCGUUGCUGCGACUGCCAUGCUCCCGCAGGGAACUCCCCACCCGCUCGACCAGCUUUCCAUCAAGGAAAUCCCAGAGGCUGCUGCGCUCAUCCGCCAACAUGCUGCCCCCAGGACUAUCAAGUUCAACUGCCUUACUCUGCGGGAGCCCCGAAAGGCCGAGUACCAGGCCUUCAAGCAGGGUCUGAUCCCUACUCCGGACCGCCGCGCUUUUGCGAUUAUUAUUGAGCGCGAGACUCAGAAGAUCGCCGAGGUCGUUGUCAACUUGAAGUCCAAGAAGGUCGAGGAGUGGAACGAGGUCAGCAAUGUCAUGCCUACCCUCACUCUCGAGGACUUGGAUGUUAUGGAGCGCAUUGCCCGCGCAGAUGCCCGCGUUAUCCGUGCUUGCAAGGAGAUCGGCAUCACCGACAUGUCCAAGGUUUUCCUCGAUGCCUGGGCCAUCGGCAUUGACGAGCGCUGGGGCUACGACCGCCGUCUCCAGCAGGGUCUGGCCUACUACCGUACCUCCGAUUUCGACAACCAGUACGCCCACCCUCUGGACUUCACCGUGGUGGCCGAUACCGAGAAAGAGGAGGUCCUCAGCGUCGAUGUUCGCUACGUGAAUGGCGAGCGCACUGCCGUGCCUCUCAAGGAGCACAACUAUCUCCCCGACUUCAUCAGCGACAAGUACAACCACGACCGCCUGAAGCCCAUUGAUAUCACCCAGCCCGAGGGUGUUUCCUUCAAGAUCCGCGGCAACGAGCUGUCCUGGGCCAACUACAAGAUGCACAUCGGUUUCAACUAUCGCGAGGGUAUCGUCAUCUCCGACGUCCGCUCCCACGACAUGUACGAGGACCGCGAGCGCACCCUCUUCAACCGUGUCUCCGUCGUGGAGAUGGUUGUCCCUUACGGCUGCCCCGAGAAGCCUCACCACAAGAAGCACGCCUUCGAUGUCGGCGAGUACGGCACAGGUCUGAUGACCAACUCCCUGAAGCUGGGCUGUGACUGCAAGGGCGCCAUUCACUACAUGGACGGAGUGAUGUCGACCGGAAAUGGUGAAGCCGCCGUGAUCAAGAACGCCAUCUGCAUCCACGAAGAGGACAACGGCCUCUUGUACAAGCACACCGACUACCGCGACGGCACCGUGAUCUCAGCCCGUGACCGCAAGCUCAUCAUCUCACAAAUCAUCACCGCCGCCAACUACGAGUACGGCUUCUACCACACCUUCACCCUGGACGGCACCUACAAGCUCGAGAUCAAGCUCACCGGCAUGCUGAACACCUACUGCAUGCACCCCACCGAGACUGCCGCUCCCUACGGUACCGAAGUCGCUCCCCAGAUCACCGCCCACAACCACCAGCACCUCUUCUCCCUGCGCAUCGACCCCGAGAUCGACGGCACCAACAACUCCGUCGUCCAGUCCGACGCGGUCUCCGCCGACGCCGCCGUUGGCUCCCCAGAGAACCCCUAUGGCAAUGCCUUCCUCAGCAAGAAGACCCCGCUCCGCACCUCCCUCGAGGGCGCCGCAGACUACUGCUACGAGACCAACCGCUCCUGGGACAUCAUCAACCCCAACCGCCUUAACAAGAUCGCCAAGAAGCCCGUUGGCUACAAGAUCCUCAACAACUCCUGCCCACCCCUCCUCGCCAAGCCCGGCAGCACAGUCUACAACCGCGCCGCAUUCGCCCGCAAGCCUCUCUGGGUAACGCCGUACAAGGACUACGAGCUCUUCCCUGCAGGUGACUACGUCUGCCAAUCCACCGGCGAAGAGAACCACCCCCACAACUCCACAAUCCUGGACUGGGCCAACCGCAACGAGAACAUCGACAACACCGAUAUUGUCUGCUAUCUGCAGUUCGGUCUGACGCAUUUCCCGCGCACGGAGGACUUCCCCAUUAUGCCCGCGGAGCCGGUCAGCAUCAUGCUGCGCGCGUCGAACUUCUUUGAGAAGAACCCCGGUCUUUGGGUGCCCCCCAGUGCCAUCUGUGUUGAUACACAGAGCACGAAUGCAUUCUCGUCUUCUUGCUGUGCCGCUAAUGCUCCGGCUAGUGUGUCGAGACUGUAA